UAUGAUGAGCUUUCCCUGAGUUUUCUUUUAGAGAUGUUCAUCCAUCCUCGGGAACUCUCCCAAAUCCAAGCCCACAUUACAAAAACCAUAAAGCCCAAUUUUAUUAACACCCUCCUAAGAACGUUAACUCUCUCCAAAACCCCACAAAAAGUCCUUCCAAUCUACAACCUGAUGCUCCUCUCCCCUUCCCACCACGACCACUUCACCUUCACAUUCGCCCUCAAAGCCUGCACUUUUCUGACCUCCUCCCUCAUCCAAAAGGGCCGCGAGGUGCACGCUUACGCUCUCAAAUCCGGCCACCACUCCGACCUCUUCGUCCAGAAUGCCCUCCUCGCGUUCUACUCCGCCACCUUCGAUCCCGACGCUUGCCGUACAGUCUUCUCUGAGACCUCAUCACCGGACGUUGUCUCUUGGACCUCCCUCGUGUCGGCAUUCGCGAAGAAUGGUUUCCCAGCUGAGGCGCUCCUCGCCUUUGCUUCUAUGGAUGUUGAUCCGAAUGAAAUGACGCUUGUGAGCGCUUUGUCGGCGUGUUCCCGGCUUAAAGAUGGCAACUUGGGGAAAAUCCUGCAUGGGAUUUGCGUUAGAAGGUUUGGUGGACAUGGACGAAAUGUUAUUUUGGACAAUGCGUUGUUGGAUGUGUGUUUGAACUGUGGUGCCUUCACUGAUGCAGUUCAGCUGUUCAACGUUAUGCCCCAUAGAGAUGUUGUGUCUGUAACUACUAUGAUUUGUGGCUAUGUGCAGCAUGGAAAGUACGAAGAAGCUAUAGCUAUCUUUGUAGAACUAGUAAGGGGUGGAGAAAUAGUACCUAAUGAAUUGACUGUGGCUUGUGUCUUGGGAGCUUGUGCUUCCGCAGGGAUUUUGAGGCUAGGAAAGUGUGUGCAUUCCUACUCGCUUAGGAGUGGCAUUGAUGUAGAUGGUAUUGUAGGUAAUGCUCUCAUCCACAUGUAUUCGAAGUGUGGCUCCAUAGGGGUGGCUCUUUGGAUCUUUGGUGGACUUCUAUGCAGGGAUUUGGUUUCCUGGUGCACAAUUAUAAAGGGAAUGGCGACAAAUGGAAAGCCUAAGCAUGCCUUGCAAUUGUUUGCUUUAAUGUUGUGUUACGGUGUUCAACCAGACAAUGUAGCCUUUCUUGCAGUGAUGACUGCCUGCUGUCACGCUGGCUUAAUUGAAGAAGGCUUGAUGUUCUUCAGGGCGAUGCGCGAGGUUUAUGGCGUCCUUCCAGAAAAGGAGCACUUUACGUGCAUAAUUGACGCUUAUGGUCGAGCUUCUUGUUUAAAGGAAGCAGAGGAUUUUUUUCUUGGUAUGCCAAUGAUGCCUGACAAAUGUGUGUGGGGAGCUUUAGUGAGUGCUUGCAAGAUACAUGGCGCAGGUGAGGUUGUGUAUGAGCGAAUUCAAAAGAGGGCGCUACAUGCUGGAAUGACUUUAGGGGGAGGAACUUAUGCACUUCUAUCCAACAUGCUGGCUAAUGCUGAGAAAUGGGAUGAGUCUAACAAUGCUAGGAAACAAUUGCGCACAAAGAGGAUUAGUAAGCUGGCUGGCUAUAGUUGGACUGAACUUGCUUGAUCAAGGAAGUUUGAUUUUUCUAAUGUUGGAAUAUCAAGUUGCUAGAGCUUCCAUUGUAAUGCUCUCAUGGUUGACAAGUGUGGCAGCUUGUUUGUAUGACAACCUAAUUUUGUUGACUUAAAACUAUUCAAAGUUACAAAGGUUGGUCUAUGAAGCCGAAUUUCAAGGUAACUCGAAGCAUCUUUCUCGGGCAUGUUUUCUCAUUAGAAAAGUUUGGAUCCUCAGCAGAUACCUGAAAUCUUUUCUCUGAUGUGCCAGCUUAUUUUCAGACGAGCAUUAUUAAGAUCCUGGAAUAUCAAUUUUAAAGCAGUGAGAACAGGAGCAAUAUGACUUGAACUGAUGCAAUCAGCAUUUCAUCUUACUUGGCUGGUGAAUUAUUCCCAGAAGAUUGAAGCAUCGGUCUUCAAAAAGGUAUUUCUCUUUUUCUUGUUGCUGUAGCAUGUUUUCUCAUUAAAAAAGGGAUCCUUAGUAGAUACUUGAAAUUAGUUCUUGGAUGGACCAUGUUACUUUCAGAUGAACAUUAUUAAGAUCCUGAAAUUAGCUAGGAAAUUGAACCAAAUCAAAAUUUCUAUGUGAAAGGAACAGGUUCAAUUUACUUAA